ACUCUGUGAUUCCUCCUCUGCUCCGGAGCUGCACUCAGCGUUGACCGACGUGGAGGAAACAGAGGGACAGUGUUCCGCCUGGUCCACCAGCCUGGGAGUGUGUGUGUUUUCCUUUUUCUCCCCCCCUCAAGAGAUUAUUUGGAAAUCAGGUGCGGAGCGCUUCAUCCCGCUGCAACCAAAGAACCAACGAACAGCAGCAGCAGCAGCAACUUGGGAGAUAAUUUUGUUAAUUUUGUUUACACGUUGCACACAAUCGAUAACGUUCAAGUUUGAAGUUCAGAUGCUGUCUGAAGAGCUGAGGAGAGGACAGACGAACCGGCGCGACAGCAGUUGAGGAAAGGAUGAGCUGCAGUCAGCAGGGGAUCAGGACUGACUGUUUCAGCGCUGCCAGAACCACAGAGGGAUGGGCCUCUUAGCUGGUCGCCCUCCAGCGCCUUCCAGAUCACCUCCCUCUGCUCUCUAACACCCCCCCCCCCCCGAUCGUCACGCAUGUUGGCACUCAGACAUGGGUGAGAGUGGGAGUGGAUGACAGGAGCACAAAGGUGACUGCAGCAGAGAGAACUCGAGGGGAAGCACGGUGCUGCUUCUGGGACGUACUGACCGCUCACUAAGAUGAAAACGUUGAUGUAUGAGUCACAAAUCUAACCAAAGACUGACGCACUUUACUGUCAGCACACAUCUCCCACCCUACAGUUAAUCAAUGCUACAUCAUCCAGAGUAUGGGGUGUGUCAAAUCCAAGAGGAGCGACUCUGGAGCCCAAAAUGCAAACUCCACAGAGAAGGUGGAAGGCAAAUCCAGGGGGACGAGGGGCGAGAAAGCCUACUUGGUUCAGUCGGAGAUGGGUUCGGCGGCGGAGAACUCCCCUCAGGUCAAUCCAGUGCUGCUGGAGUACGCCCAGAGGCUCUCCGAGGAGAUUGUGGCCCGGGCCGUGCAGCAGUGGGUGGAGGUAGACCGCCGCUACAGCGACAUCCCCUACAUCGAAUGUGAUGUGCCAUGACACGGGAAGGUGUGUGACGGGCGAAGAGGCCGGGCCGAGCCGAGACUGCUUUGACACCGAUACUGGAGGUUUUUACGUGUGAAAGAAGGUCAGUCGUCUCAAACACUUUGGUUCAGAAUGAAUCAUUCAAGCGUCUACCUGCUGUGAGCGGGAAAAUGAAUGAGCUGUCAGUGAUUCACUUUGACCUCUUUUUAGAUUGGAUUAUACUUGGAUUGAGCCUAAAAACCCUCCUCCAAAGCGACCAAAGCACUCUGAUCCCGUCCACGUUUCUGUGAUUAUCUGUUUUAAAGCUGGAGCCUUACUGAAAGCAGAGCGUCUUCAGUUGGAUAUCAUCUUUCUCAGACCUUAUUUGUCCCCUCUCUCCCAGUAGGUGUUGGCUCUCCCUGGCUGGACUCAUAAUGCAAAGCAAGAAAUCCUGUCAGAUAUUGCUUGGAAUCAUAAUGUCCCUCUUUGCCAGUGAAAGUCUAUCCCGUCCAUUGAUGCUGUCCUGGGGCCAAGGCUCUCUCCUCUUAUGGAGGAAGUUCUAUUAAUAGAUCCCUUCAUUUGGUGGAAGGCUUUCAUUUGAAAACCUCCUCUGGUCCCAUCAGAUCAGAAACACACCCAACUGUCCGGCUCCCCCCACAGGCUGAAGUACUCCCGUGAUGGCCCACCUGGAGAUCCAGGGGCAGAGCCACAACGAGGAGCAUCAUCCUCAGCCCUGUUUACCGCAUUGCCAUUAGGCAGCCUCGACCACAGCCAUCCAUUCACCCGGCCGUGUCCUGAAAAUGGGUCCGGGAAAUUAUGUGUACAAAUGCUGUGUUUCCUGCACUUCAAGAUAUUCUGUACACAGAAGAUGCAGGACAAGAACUGUGACAUUAGGGCUCAGAUCACAUGGGACCUGCUGGUCUCUAAGCCACGAGGAAACCAAGGCACCAAGAUCGACACACUUUUUGAAAAAGAGUGUGGUUUCUCAACAGAAGGGAAGUUUAAAAAAAAAAAAAAAGAAAAACUCUAGAGUUUUGGCUAAAAUGUUAAAGGCCUAGUUUUUUGUCAACAUUGUCAUUGUACAAAUACUAACUGAGAAAUACUGCCAUCUGCCCUACAGAGGACAACAGCACAGAUAUGCAAACCUCGAUACCCAUGACAUUUACAUCCAGUACAUAUAUAUAAAUGGCUUCUUAAAAUAGUGUUGUGCUGCUCUAUAACAGAGGACAAUAAUACAUAACAGGGGACAGAGUAGAUAUAUUUGGAAUAGAGGUUCACAACCGCCAAAGUCCUUAAUGAAUGUUACUGUUGGCCCAGCACAGUUCAGGAGGCUUCUGUGAAUUGUUUUAUACCGUUUGUUUUGUAUCAGAGGGGACAUCAGAAAGGUCAGGUCUUUUGCUCAUUGGACAGAGGGACAGUGUAGCUACAGGCCGAGGACUUGGAAGUCAAAUCGAGGAGAUUCGCACACAGGUACUCUUUCACUGAUGUCACUGGGAUUUACCCAAAAUUCAAGUUGCAUAGCUACGAAACUGCUAAGAGCAAUGAGGACUUCACUUAAACUGCCACUCAACGAUCUGCAGCGAUAACAGCUUUGAAUAGAGUCGUAGUCAGGCAGAAUACUCCAACACAAGAUCAUAAGCCAUAAAAACGGUGGCAGGUAAUUGUCACCACUUGCCUUCUGCCAAGGUCUUCUCUAAUAACAGUGACAGUGAUUCCAUAUUGACGUAAAACUGGUCAGUACCAAGAAAUAACAGUAGAACACGUGUGUAAGUCACACUGUAUUGGUAAGUUUAACCAACACAGAUGCUGUGUGAGUGCUGUCUCAAACUCUGCUUCACUUUACUGAAGAGCAGCAUCAUUCAGAAAGUUGAUGAAAGGCUGUAUAGUUCAGGGGAGCAGGGUGAUGACUGAGUGCUGUGAAAACACCUCCCCAAACCUGGCCCUCAAAAAGUGGACCCAAACACAAAAAAAAAAAAAAAAAAAAAAAAAAUCUAACUUGCACUAAUCUGUUCAGACAGAUUAACUCUUGGGCUCUUCCCAAACAUGUUGUGAAAACAGUAAAAGAUUAGAGGUGACACUGUUCUCCACAUGUCAUACUCCUGAUUCUUAAUCGGAUGCCAUUUGUUUUGCUUCAGAUAAAGUGAUGAAGGCUAAUCUCUCUGCUGCGCUGACAACUGUUUUCUGUGAAUGUCGGGAUCUAAACCAAAAGGCUGGUUUCAAUAGCACAAGAAACAGCUGAUGGCAGUGUGAGAAGAAUGUGUUUGUCUCCGUUUGGUCACUUUAUUUUACAUGGUGAUUUGAUUUUUUUUUUUUUAAUGAAUUAAUGACAUUGAGAGUACUGACUCCAAACCAGGUGAUGGCAAUCUAUUUCUUAGGCUAUACAGUACAUCAACGAUGUUGCCAUAACACUGAUGUCAGGCUUUACAGGUCAAAGUAUUGCAUUUCCAGGGUGAAGUCACCGCUGAGAUGUUUCAUUUUUACUAAUUGUGGUAUCAUCUGUGUUUACAAAUUCACAAAAGGUCCGUUUUUUAACUCUGGGACUGAUCAGGUCAGGUGGUUGUCUGAAACUGUAGGGACUAGAUCGGCACUACGAAGAGUUUAAAACCAGAUCCAAUGUGAACGCCUGUCUUCAUUCCAACAUCUGUGUCUUCCAGCUGACGCUAUUAAAACUGACCGAAAGGCUGCCAAUGCUUCCUUUGGAAAACUGUGAUUUGUAGUUUCAAAGGUCACUCAUUUAAAAAUAUUUUAUAUGAGCAGGUGUUUGGACAGAGAAGGGAGAUAAUACUGCUGCUGCUGCACUGGCCAGACUCACCUCACACACCUUUUCCCUGAGCUGCAGGGCUGUGGGGUGGUUUAAAUUAGGAAUGCAACUAACAGUCAUUUUUAUUAUCAGCUAAUCUGUCGAUUAUUUCCUUGAUUCAUCGUUUUGACUGUCAAAUAUUAGAAAUUGGUGGGGGAAAAAAGCAGACCCUCAGAUCCUGACCAAGCUGGAAUCCAGCAAAUGUUAAAACAAUUAUUCAUCAAAAUAGCUGCCAGUGAAUUUUCUGGUCUGCAGCUUUAAACACGUUACUUAAGUUCUUGAUAGUUGAACCCGUUUGUUUAAUUCCCUGCACUACUCAUUCUGCCAUUGCCUGUGGUACAGGUGGUGAUAAGGGUCUGACUCCUGUACCCACGAUGCCUCUGCUGUAUCUGUUUUACAACGGUCGAAGCAGCUGUCAGUGAGUGAGUGACAGAAGUUAAGCAUAGAAGAGAUGAGCUGAUUUGACUAUAAAUACUAUGAGCAGUCUAUAAGAAGCCUGAUGAAUGGUGACAGAACCACAUGCACUGUCUCCACAAUGUGUCUGCUGCCAAAUAAGUUUAAAAUAACCUCCACGGAUCAGCUCUGUUACACGAUACACGUCUGCCUGCGGAUCAUUCAUCAUAAAAUAACUUAAAAUGAGUGACUUUGUGCAUAUUCCUAAAGGACAAUAUUCAUUUAACUUGCAAACCAUACCGAAGUGUAAAAACUGAUGAUGCCAAUAAAUCAGAUUUAUGCCUUC